AUGAGACUCCUCGACAUCAGCACGGCGCUCGCGCUCCUCUUCUCCCUCACCGCCGUCGCCGAAGACACCAAAGCCAAGCCUCAUAAGUCAUGUACCGUUCGAUCACCCACAAGCGACCGAUACUUCGAUCUCAACCCAAUAGUUGCGCGGCUGCCAGUCGAAGGCAAGAAGCCACACAAGCAUGAUAUCACAGAGGGUUGGCACGCCAGGGGCUACGAUUAUCCCAUGAACUUCACCCUCAAUUUCUGCGAGCCGGUGGUUGAAAAGCUGAAGGAUGUAGUAGGCGUGGACAAGGCGCUGUGGGCGAACGUCAGCGCAUAUUACACGUUACACGGGGACGUAUACUCCAUCGGACAGCAAAACGGCGAACCAGUCUUCCGCGGCAGGAAGCUCGUAUUGAACUACACAGACGGCUCGCCCUGCGACUCAAGCGCCGACAAACGGUCCAAGUCAUUACACGAGGCUGAAGACCUCGACGCCGAGAAGGACGACGACAAAGACGAGGAUGAUCACAAGAAGGAGCCUAAGAAAGGAGACAAGCGCAGGAAGUCUACAAUCAUCUCACUGCUAUGCGAACGCGAUCCGCUAGCGUCGACGACGGUAGCAUUUGUAGCCGCAAGUCCGGAUGAGUGCACAUACUUCUUUGAAGCUCGGUCGUUCGCUGCCUGCGGUGGGAUUGAGAAGGAAACGCAGCAAGUCGGUCCGUCAGGCGUCUUUGGCAUCAUCGCGCUCAUUGCGGUUCUGGCGUACUUCCUCGGAGGCUACUUCUAUCAGCGGAACGUAAUGCACCAGCGAGGAUGGCGGCAGUUGCCCAACUAUUCCUUCUGGGCAGGCAUUGGAGGUUUCUUCAGGGAUACGUUCAUAAUCCUUACAUCUUCGUGCGCAAACCUGCUGCCUAGUCGGCGCGGUUACAGUCGUGUCUCCCUGAACGGCGACAAUAGCCGGGGGCGAGGGCGACAAGCAGAGGAUGAAAACCGUCUAAUAGACCAGCUCGAUGAGGAGUGGGACGACUAA